AUGAGUGAAAGUCUGGACAAUUCUGCGAUCAAUCAAUUGAUCCCAGAAAUAUUCGAUCAGAUGAGACACAAUGCGGCGCGUACUAGGGAUGCGAAGAAACCUAGCGCGAUGGUUGAGGAGAGCGGAAGCAUAACGACUCAAAGUUUGUUACGUGAGUUGGAGACAUUGGAUAAGGUCAUAGCCACUAUACGGAGUAUAGACAGCGUAGUGAAAGGUGCGCUACCGUCCCACAUGAACAAGAUCCACCAUGUUUGUAAAUCGACGAACAAGAUGCUUGACAAUUGGAUAAACAUACAAUCACAGGCUGGUUAUGCGCACCAUAUCAUGGAUAGUAGGACGGGAUCUAAAACGGGAUCGAACAGUAAUGAAGAAGUUGUAGAACAAUAUAAACAGGAAAUAGCUGAACUACAGAAGUCAAUUAAAAUGGAAGAGGAUAAGUUAAUACCAGCACAAGUGAAAGGUAAUGGCAAUGGACCCACCGGCCAACGACUAUAUGGGAACAGUUAUAGACAACCUACUGGUAGAGUGACAAAGGCUACUGCACUUCGGAAUGCAAGAAAUAGACCAUCUGGUAUACCACAAAUAUCAAGUAGGUUGACAAGGCCCACAGCAAGUAGUAAUUUGAAAAGACAAAGGUGA